AUGACAUUAUCAUCAAGACGUAGAGAACUAAGAGCUUCCGUGUUGGACAAGAGCACGUCACAACAUCAUUUAAGCGGCACCGGUGCUGAAGGGAUCACCGACGAACAGCUAGCUCAGGAAUUGGCCAACCACGGAGUGCCCCAGCCUCAUCACAACCACGAGCAUUUGCACCAUGAGCAUGGCCACUUGGUUCAUGGGGCUGUCAUCCAUCCACACCACCAAGUAGGCGCAGGUGGAGAAGACGAUGGGGACGUCGGGUAUGACAGUGCUGACGAUGAGCAGUAUCAGCCUGCAAAUGGGGAGUAUGGGGAGGAAGAUGAAGAGGAUGGUGAAGAAGAAGAAGAAGAAGAUGAUGAUGGAGUGGAAGAGUUGUAUCAUGAUCCAGCCGGUAGCACCACCGCCAGGAACAACCAAGGUAGCAGAAAGAGAGGCAAAUUGGGGGCACCAUCGACGUUGUCGUCAUCGGGUAGCACCAAAAAACCGCGCUUGGUCCAUGAACAUGCUGCUGGUUCUUCAAGUGCGUUGGAUGCCGCUUUGAACGCUGCUGCUGCUGCUGCUGCCGCUGCACACCAUGCUCAAGUUAAUGGCGUUCCAGCGCAAGGCCAGCUUCUUUCGGGGCAGCAGCAGCAGCAAAUGCUGCAGCAGCCACUUCUGCAGUUGCCCAAUCCGCAGCCACACCAGGUUCCAAAACAGACCCGCACGAUUUUCAAACAUAUCGAUAACCCCGACUCCACGAUUUGCGAGUUUUGCGGCAAGGAGUUUCGCAAUGUUAUCGACAAGAGAAACCAUCGAAGAACCCAUUCGCAGCCAAAGAAGUAUGAGUGUUCUUCGUGCGGUAAGAAGUUUAGCCAAAAGGCCAACUUAGCCAUCCAUGAAACCCACGUUCACCACGAUUUGGUCUUGGGUGAGGAUGAGAUUAACGCAGUUGCUCAAGCGGAAAGUAAUGAUGUCCAGCGUCAGCAACAACUGCAACAAGCUCAGCAGCAGCAACAGCAGCAGCAGCAACAGCAACAGCAACAACAGCAACAGCAACAGCAACAACAACAGCAACAACAACAGCAACAGUUCAAACAAGAGGUUGAACAGUUGCACAAUUUGCAGCAAUUGCACCACCACGCAUCCCAACAGCAAUAUGGAACAAACGUUGUGGAUGACAACGUGAAUGUGUUUGCUGAGGACCCAUCGGCUAGACACCAGCACCACCUCCACCAGCAACACCAACAGCAACAGCACCACCUCCACCACCUCCACCAACAACAGCAGCAACAUCACGCUCACUCUCAGUCCCAGCCCCAAGUGCAGACCCAACCACUGGUCCCUGUGGACUUGAAAGAUGUGCGAGUCUUCCAUUGUUCCGCCUACAAGUGCGGCAAGGGGUUCAUCUCGUACGAGAAAUUGAUGAACCACAUCGAGGUCGAUCACAAGGACGCGCAAGCGCAAGCACACGCGCAAGCACAGGCCCACGCCCUAGCCGAAGCCCAAGCGCAAGCAUCACAAGCCUCACCACCACACCCACCACAGCCACAGCCAUCAUCGAACCCCUACGAUCCAGCCGUGGCCGCGCAGGCGGUGCAAGCAGCCACGGCGGCGCAGGCGGUCUCAGUCGCGAACCAAGCAGUCUUGCCCACUUCACACACCUCCACGCGCGGCUUCAAUGCCGCGAUGAGCUCUCCCGCGUCGCAACCGGGCACCAUCCAUCCUCGUCCAAGACAACGCCGCAAGGAACCCACGCAGGAAUCCAUCAGCGCCAAGAUCCACCACUGUACUCACGCGGGGUGCAGUAAGCUGUUUGCGAAAGUCAGCGACUUGACAAGACACUAUAGGAUCCACACGGGGGAGAGGCCGUUUAUAUGCGAGCAUUGCGGCGCUAGCUUUAAUCAGAGAUAUCGGUUGACUACUCAUGUCAGGAUCCACACGGGGGAGAAGCCUUUUAGUUGCAAGUAUUGCGGCAAGACUUUUGCGAGAGGUGAUGCUGUCCAGCUGCAUAUUUUCUCGAUCCAUCGGAACAAAGGCGAGGCUUUCUAA